GUGCGAUCGCGCGACCCUGCACGUGAGCAAUCUCCCAACUCAUCUCUGUUGCAUAUUGCCAAAUUUCUUGUCUAUUCUCUGGAAUUGUGACUGACGGCUUGGCGAUUGAUUAUUAACAAAUUCCGUAGUCAUUAAACGAUAUAUAAAAACUAAUAAGAAUGUCUGGCCGAGAAGGGGGAAAGAAGAAACCACUGAAAGCACCGAAGAAGGAAUCGAAAGAAUUAGAUGAUCAGGACGUAGCAUUCAAGCAGAAACAGAAGGAACAACAAAAAGCCCUUGCCGAGGCAGCGAAGAAAGCCAGUCAGAAGGGACCUCUCGUUACGGGUGGAAUUAAAAAAUCUGGGAAGAAGUGAUAAUCGUAUGUGGAAUCAUGGACAUUAUCGAUAAGACACGGAGUCAUUUGAACGCCGUGCUUGGUUUAAAGCUGCCGAUGAGUGCCCGCGCCACCCAUCUUUUUAUUUUAUUAAUUCACCUCCCUAUUUUGAAUGUCCCACCUUUGUAAAUAAAAUAAUUCAGCCAUAGGUCUAUUCGUCGCCGUGCAAUUGCUGUUAAUAUCGUUUAGUUAUCGAUAAAGUUUUAUUCCUUGUGGGGAUACUUUAACAUACAUGUCCAUAAUUUAGCAUACUUCUAAAUGACCAUUGUACUCCGUGUCACCAUGUAUGAAACUUGUACAAGCAUAAGAUAUCGCACAGUUUAAAAGAUUUCUUACGCUCGUAUGUCUCGAUGCGUGUCUUAUCACCUCGCGCAGUAUAAUUAGAUCGUUCCAUUUGUUUGCAGCUAACGGAUCUAUGUAGAAGUCAUUUUAUAAUAUCUCAACGUGCAUCGUUAAAGAGUCCGAAAAUGAAGAUUCUCUGCAAUUGGAAAAAAA